CCGGCGGCGGAAGAUGGCGCGGUGCGGGUGCGGGGCCGGGCUGUGCUGCUGCUGCUGUGGCGAGCGGGAGAGCCGCACCCCCGAGGAGCUGACAAUCCUAGGAGAAACUCAUGAAGAGGAGGAUGAGAUCCUUCCACGCAAAGACUAUGAGAGCUUGGAUUAUGAUCGAUGUAUCAAUGACCCAUACUUGGAAGUUUUGGAGAGCAUGGACAAUAAGAAAGCCCAGAGAUACGAAGCAGUGAAGUGGGUGCUGGUUUUUGCWAUUGGAGUCUGCACAGGACUGGUGGGCCUCUUUGUGGAUUUCUUYGUGCGGCUCUUUACCCAGCUCAAGUUUCAGGUGGUACAAAGCUCGGUGGAGGAAUGCACUGUGAAAGGCUGCCUUGCACUGUCCUUGCUGGAGCUGCUGGGGUUCAACCUCACCUUUGUUUUUCUUGCCAGUCUUCUGGUCCUGAUCCAACCUGUAGCAGCUGGAUCGGGAAUUCCUGAAAUAAAGUGCUACCUCAAUGGGGUGAAGGUUCCAGGGGUUGUGCGACUGCGGACAGUGAUGUGCAAAGCUGUGGGAGUGCUCUUCAGUGUGGCAGGAGGUCUUUUUGUCGGGAAGGAGGGUCCGAUGAUUCACAGUGGUGCUGUCGUGGGUGCAGGCUUGCCACAGUUCCAGAGCAUCUCUUUGAGGAAGAUCCAAUUUAACUUUCCCUAUUUCCGCAGUGACAGGGAUAAAAGGGAUUUUGUAUCUGCUGGAGCAGCUGCAGGGGUUGCAGCUGCCUUUGGAGCCCCAAUUGGAGGCACUCUUUUUAGUUUGGAGGAAGGUUCUUCUUUCUGGAACCAGGGACUUACAUGGAAAGUGCUUUUCUGUUCCAUGGCUGCCACCUUCACUCUGAAUUUUUUCCGCUCUGGGAUUCAGUUUGGAAGCUGGGGGUCUUUCCAGCUCCCUGGGCUGCUGAACUUUGGGGAGUUUAAGUGCUCUGAGUCUGAUAAGAAAUGCCACCUCUGGACAGCUGUGGACUUGGGCUUCUUCAUUCUGAUGGGGAUUGUGGGAGGCCUUCUUGGAGCCACCUUUAACUGCCUGAACAAGAGACUUGCCAAGUACCGCAUGCGCAACGUGCAUCCCAAGCCAAAGCUGGUCAGAGUCUUGGAGAGCCUGCUUGUGUCAUUGACCACCACUGUUGUGGUCUUUGUAGCCUCCAUGGUUCUGGGGGAAUGCCGGCAGAUGUCUUCCAGCAGGCACAGUGGCAAUGGCACACUGAGCCUGGAGGAUGUAACAGAGGAUAUAAAUUCAAGCAUCAAAACAUUUUUCUGCCCAAAUGAAACAUACAAUGACAUGGCCACACUCUUCUUCAACCCUCAGGAGUCAGCUAUCCUGCAGCUCUUCCACCAGGAUGGUACUUUCAGCCCAGUCACCCUGUCCCUGUUCUUCCUUCUCUAUUUCUUACUCUCCUGCUGGACAUAUGGGAUCUCUGUGCCCAGUGGUCUGUUUGUGCCAUCACUGCUUUGUGGGGCUGCCUUCGGACGCCUGGUCGCCAACCUCCUCAAAAGUUACAUUGGCCUGGAUCACAUCUACUCAGGAACCUUUGCGCUGAUCGGGGCAGCGGCAUUCCUGGGAGGCGUGGUCCGCAUGACCAUCAGCCUGACCGUCAUCCUCAUCGAGUCCACCAACGAGAUCACCUAUGGCCUCCCCAUAAUGAUCACUCUCAUGGUAGCCAAAUGGACAGGAGACUUUUUCAACAAGGGCAUCUAUGACAUCCAUGUGAACUUGCGAGGCGUGCCUCUUCUGGAGUGGGAAACAGGGGUGGAAAUGGAUAAGCUACGAGCCAGUGACAUCAUGGAACCCAACCUGACAUACGUGUACCCACACACCCGGAUUCAGUCCCUUGUCAGCAUCCUGCGCACCACUGUCCAUCAUGCCUUCCCUGUGGUGACGGAGAACCGGGGCAAUGAGAGGGAGUUCAUGAAGGGAAAUCAACUGAUAAGUAACAACAUCAAAUUCAAGAAAUCCAGCAUCCUCACCCGAGCUGGAGAGCAGCGCAAGCGUAGCCAGUCCAUGAAAUCCUAUCCUUCGAGUGAGCUGCGCAACAUGUGUGAUGAGCACAUAGCAACAGAGGAGCCUUCCGAAAAGGAGGAUCUGCUGCAACAGAUGCUGGAGAGAAGGUGAGAUCCUGGUAGGCACAAAUGUAUGGAA